UUCCCUCGUCCUCCCACUCAGCCCCCUCCCCUCCAAAUUCAGGGGAACUCCCGUUACGGCGGUGCCACCGGCAUUACUCAUUCAUCUCCAUUCAGGCUUCCCCCAGCAUUUAUUAAGGGCUCUGUUCUCCUGCCUCUCACUCUCACUCUCCUCUGCUCAAACACCGCUCACUUGAGAGCUUCUCGCCUCGUCCCCUCGGGCCAGCUCUGGAAAGUGGCAGAAGAAAGAACUUUGCCUCUCUCUCCAGCAAUGCAUCUCCCUGUGAUUCUGUUCUGCGCUGCCCUCUGGUCUGCGGUGUCGGCGGAGACCUCGGAUGAUUAUGAACUCAUGUAUGUGAAUUUGGACAACGAAAUAGACAAUGGACUCCAUCCCACUGAGGACCCCACGCCAUGUGACUGCCGUCGGGAGCACACCGAGUGGGACAAGCUCUUCAUCAUGCUGGAGGACUCGCAGAUGAGAGAGGGCAUGCUGCUGCAGGCCACCGACGACGUCCUCCGGGGCGAGCUGCAGAGGCUGCGGGCGGAGCUGGGCCGCCUGGCGGGCAGCCUGGGGNCCACACACUCUGCGCCUUUGUCCUCGGAGGCGCGUGGCGGGAAGCCUGGUGGCAGCCCUCUAGGGGCAGCUUCAGUGGGGACACACACACCUCCGUUUCUCCAUGCACGCUCACGGGCUCACACACACCAUACAAGGCGAGAAAACGGUCUGAAUGAGUUUAUAUUUUCUCCAUAUCCUUCUCACUUUCUUGCUCCUCUAGGUUGUGAAACAGCAAUUUUAUUCCCAAUGCGUUCCAAGAAGAUUUUUGGAAGUGUGCAUCCAGUGACACCAUUGAAGCUUGAGUCUUUUAGCGCCUGCACCUGGGUCAAAGCCACAGAUGUAUUAAACAAAACCAUCCUGUUUUCCUACGGCACAAAGAGAAAUCCAUAUGAGAUCCAGCUGUACCUCAGCUAUCAGUCCAUAGUGCUUGUGGUGGGUGGAGAGGAGAGCAAACUGAUUGCCAAUACUGUGAUUUCCCUGGGAAAGUGGACCCAUCUGUGCAGCACCUGGAAUUCUGAGAAAGGACGCGCGUCCUUGUGGGUAAACGGUGAACUGAUGGCUACCACAGUCGAGAUGGCCGCAGGUCACAUUGUUCCUGACGGAGGAAUCCUGCAGAUUGGCCAAGAAAAGAACGGCUGCUGUGUGGGUGGUGGCUUUGAUGAAACACUAGCCUUUUCUGGAAGACUCACAGGCUUCAAUAUCUGGGAUCGUGUUCUCAGCAACGAAGAGAUAAGAGAAACUGGCGGAGCAGAGUCUUGUCACAUCCGGGGAAAUGUUGUUGGGUGGGGAGUCACAGAGAUUCAGCCACACGGAGGAGCUCAGUAUGUUUCAUAAGCGUUGUGAAACUCUACUUGAAGCCAAAGAAACUCACAUUUUAAACAUAUGCCAGUUGGGACGGUCUAAAAACCUCAGUGCAUAUUAAGAACACUUGAGACUAAUGAUGGGGAGAGUUGAGAUCAAUCUUUAUUUAUCUUGGCAAAAUACCGAAUAAACAGUUGAAGAGAAGACAUUGGAGAAUGCUUUUGGGGAUAUUGUUACUAGACUUUAUGCCAUGGUGCUUUGAGAUUAAUGCUGUGUCUUUGUCAGAUAAACUCUCAUAUAAUUAAAAAGGACUGUAUUGUUGAACAGAAGGACAAUUGUUUUACUUUUGUUUGGUUAAUUUUGUUUUGGCCAGAGAUGACUUUUACAUUGGAAGAAAAACAAAAUAACAUUUGCUGUCCAUUGUUCAUUGUUAUUGGUAUGUACCUUAUUAUUAAAAAAUGAUGAUAAAACAUAUUUAUACUACAAUGUGACUUAACAAACGCAAAUGUAGUUUAUGUGUUAUAAUCGAAUGUCACUUUUUUGAGAAGAUAGUUAUAUAAGUUAUAAAGUGGUUUUGUAUUAAUUUUAUUAAAACUAUUUUUGUAAAG